AUGACUCACAACAUCGACACGCGCAGCACCAUCGGCGACAUCCUCGACAUCCAGACCCAACGCUUCGCCGAACGGGAAGCCCUUGUCCAUACGGCCACCGGCGACCGCCUCAGCUACCGCGAGUUUCAUGCCGAGGUGGAACGCGUGGCCCGUGGCCUCCUGUCCAUCGGCAUCGAAAAAGGCCAGCAUGUCGGCAUCUGGGCCACCAACUACACCGAGUGGGUGAUCGCCCAGUUCGCCACCGCCAAGAUCGGCGCCGUCCUCGUCACCGUAAACCCGGCCUACCGCACCCGCGAACUCGCCUACGUGUUGGAGCAGGCGCAGAUUGGCGCCCUCAUCCUUAUCGGCCGGUUCCGCGUCCCGUCCCUGACAGGCCGCACCUCCGACUACGCGGGCAUGGUCAACGAAGUGGUCCCUGAGCUGGCGGCGGCGGCGGCCGGCGAGCUCAACUCCACUCGCUUCCCCCACUUGCGCCACGUCAUAUUCAUCCCGCCCCACGACGACGUUUCCACUCCCACACCCCCCGGCAUGUGGCGCUGGGACGACCUGCUGACCCUCGCCGAGCAGACGAGCCCGGACGACCUCCGUAAUAGCCAGGCCCAGUGCGACCCCGACGACGUGGUCAACAUCCAGUACACCUCUGGCACCACCGGCAACCCCAAGGGCGCUAUGCUCACCCACCACAACCUGUUAUCCAACGCCCUCCACGUCGGCGACGCCAUGGAGAUGGACGAACACGACCGCCUGUGCAUCCCGGUUCCCUUCUACCACUGCUUCGGUUGCGUCAUGGGCAGCCUCAACUGCGUUGUCCACGGCUCCACCAUGAUCAUUCCCGCCGAGCACUUUGAUCCCCUCCAGACCCUGCACGCCAUCUCCGCUGAGCGGUGCACCGCCGUCCACGGCGUGCCCACCAUGUUCAUCGCCCAGCUCGGCCAUCCCGAGUUCACCAACCUCGACCUCUCGUCCCUGCGCACCGGCAUCAUGGCUGGUUCCCCCUGUCCCAUCGAGACCCUCGCCGACGACAGUAUCGAGCGUCGUGUCUCCACCGUGGGCAAGGUUCUGCCGGGCGUGGAGGUCAGACUGGUCGACCCGGAGACCGGCCUCGUGGUCGGCCCGGGCCAGCAGGGCGAGCUUCAAACUCGCAGCACCAUGGUGAUGAAGGGCUACUUCAACAUGCCCGAGGCUACCGCCGACGCCAUCGACGCCGACGGCUGGCUCCACACCGGCGACCUCGCCACCGUCGACGAGGACGGCUACUACAAGAUAACUGGCCGCUUAAAGGACAUGAUCAUCCGCGGUGGCGAGAACAUCUACCCCCGCGAGAUCGAGGAGUUCCUGUACACCCACCCGCAGAUCGACGACGUGCAGGUCAUCGGCGUGCCCGACGAGCGGUUCGGCGAGGAGGUCAUGGCCUGGGUCCGCCUCAAGCCCGACGCGGACGCCACCGAAGAAUCCAUCCGCGACUUCUGCCGUGGCCAGAUCGCCCACUACAAGGUCCCCCGUUACGUCAAGUUCACCGACGAGUUCCCCAUGACCGUAACCGGCAAGAUCCAGAAGUUCCGCAUGCGCGAGAUGGCAGUGGAAGAGUUGGCCCUGCAAACAGCCGCCGGCGUGCAAACCGCGUGA